CUAUUAUGGCUAGAUCGAUUGCUCUCGUUAUGUCGCUCGGAAAAGGACUAUUGAAUUCUGUCCGCCGACAUUCUCCCUGUAUUCGAUGAUGCCAUCGUCGACGGCGUCGACGUGUUGUCCGUGUCGCUGGACGUUGGGGACAUCUCCGUCGUUGGGCUCUUACGUGGCUGAUAUUAGAAGAAAAAGAAAACGAGCAUAGAGAUGAGUCGCGGCAGAGCAGCAGCGGUGGCGAAGGGAGGAAAGAAGAAGGGAGUCUCCUUCGUGAUAGAUUGCGGGAAGCCUGUGGAGGAUAAGAUCAUAGACAUCGCUUCACUCGAGAAUUUUCUCCAUGAGAGAAUCAAGGUGGGCGGCAAGACCGGCAAUCUCGGCGACGCCGUCGCCAUCUCGCGUGAAAAGAACAAGAUAACCGUCACAUCCGACAACAAUUUCUCUAAGCGUUGAUUAGCGUAGAUCCACGGAGCUAAAAGAAGUCUGAAAGGAAAGGGAAGCAAUUGAUUCUCGUAAGCUGCGUGCAUUCGAGCUUCUUGUAAAGUCCGAUGGGCUGAACUGAGGCGGCAAUUCUGACCAGUUCCUUGUUGGGUCGUGGAGCUAGCGUUGCAACGAAAAUUCCCUCCGCGGCAUAAUGUUCCCACCAUUGGUGUCUCAUGGAGAUGUACCACGAGGAAGCAGUCCCCUGCCAAAUCCCCAGUUCUUUGCGUUCCAACAGGAAAGAAUCAGAGGGAAGAUAGAACAGUGGAAUGGCCUCCCAAUUAAAGCCUUCCCUGGUCC